AUGAUGCCACAUCCAACAGGUGCCUUUAUUAGUAGAUUGCUCACAUUGCUACUUGCUUGUAGUUGUUUCAUGACAAACCACCAAGCCUUUGCCCUUCCCUUUGUGCUUGGUGUCCGUGAUUCCUUCAUGAUUGCUCACAGUUUCCAUGACAACCCCAAGUUUGGUCCUGCCGGCAAGCUUCACGGAGCCACGUACACCUGCGAUGUGGAAUUCUCUUCCAAGAAAUUGGUAUCGGAUACCAAUUGGGUGAUUGAUAUUGGCAAGGCAUUGGACUUGUUGUCGCAGGUGCUGGCCAAGUACAAUUUUCAAAACUUGGAUGAAGUGUUCCCCGAUGGGACCUUGACCACCACGGAAUUCAUGGCCCAGCAAAUUCAUUCGGACCUGUGUACCUUAUUGAAGGCGGAGUGCAAAGAGUUUCAAGGUGACCUGUGUGUCAAGUUGUGGGAGUCACACAAGGCAUGGGCGAGCUAUAGUGGUAAGGUAUAAGGAGGGCAUGGAGCUACUGGGUAUUCAGCAAUUUCAC